CUGUUCGCGAAUGCGUUAAGAAAGUUGAAAAUAUUAUCGUGGUGAAGAAAGAAGCCGGAAGUAAUAAUGUCCGUUUUGAAGAUGCAGACGCCUCCGAAGGCCAGUGCAGGUUUUGGUACCAGAACGAAGAACGAGACGCCGGAUAUGAAGGAACAGUAUCUAUUCCUGCUUGAAUUUUUCGUGCACAGUAUCUCCGGCGAGAGAUUGGCAAAACUGAAUCAAAUGUUCUUCGUACCGACGAGUGUUUGCUUCAGAUUCUUAACCUUCAACGACGACAGUAUAGAGGUUACACCGGUGGAUCCGAUGUUCGAACCGCAAGCCGGUAUCGCAGAUGAAAUAGAAUACUUCUACUCCGGAAGAUCGGUUAUGUUUGCGAUAGCAGAAGACGUCGUGAUAAACAAGAUAUCGGAGUUCAACGUAGCUCUGAUAGUCCAGAAAAAGAUGCCGGAUAACAUAAAGCCGAACGUUUUAGUCGGCGUGAGCUUUAUCGACUUGAGCAAGCAGUUCGCCGAGCUGAAAUGCGACCUCCAGUGUUGUUCGGACAACCAAAUACCACCACCCCAAUCAUGCGAGGGUGAAUAUCCGCUGCUCUUCAACGGUGAUAUGGUCGGUGAAAUAAGCGUCUACACUCGGCUCUCCGCCUUCGGCCAGACGAUAGUGACGGAAUUCGACGCCCCUCCGGACGGGGCCCAGAAACAGUCGACCUUUCUCUUCAGAGGGGAUGAAAUCGAGGACAAAACACUCGCCUACAAGUGCCGUAUGAUAAACUCAAGCAGCGUUGACAUCUGCCAGGAGUCCACCGAGGAUUUGGGACAGUGUCCGAUAUGCGAACCGGCCCAUUUUUCUUGCCUCCCUUGCGGCCUCAGCUUUGGGGCUGUCGCUCGACCCGCGUCUCCGGCUCUGACCGAGAUCAAGUCCCCGAUUCAGACUUCGGCUUCCUACCCCUCUCCGACCAUCGGUUGCGGCCCGAUCCAGUCGAGUCGUGGAGGUCCUUGCGGCAAGGCGGUCGUCCUGAAGGUUUCGGGACUCCUUGACGCCGGGGAUGGCAGCAAGCAGCCGACGGUCACCGUCGUUCCCGAGUCCGAGGCUACGGGGCCGAACAAUCCUCCGGAUUCUGAGCACGAUGUUUUUAUCCUGAGGAUCGGUAAGAAGGGACUUGUUGCCGAGGGUGAAAAGUCCGAUUUACAACUCGAGAUGCGGACGCCGAAAGGACCCGAACGACGUCCCCCGAUCAGGCACGUUCCUGUUCCGAAACCAAAAACUCCACCCCUGCCGAAAUUAGUUAGGGUGGAACCCCCAGAAGACCCUCCUGUGGCCGCAGAGAAGAAGGGCGCUAAGAAAAAAGGAAAAGGAAAAGGAAAAAAGAAAUUAAUUGAUCAGUUUUGACACUUCUUUGACCGUAUAUGUAGACAUGAUGAUGACAAGUUAUAUUCUCAAUAAAACCAUCACC